UCAGUUGGAAGUAUUUGCCAGUUUUCUCAUCAUCAAAGGUAUUGUGCUUAUGGCAAUGGAUUAUAACAGAAUGAAUUUUGGGAUGGCACACCGUUACCAUGACGGUACGAUGUCUUACCAGAUCUGUGCGGAUGAUGUUCAAGAUGUAUUAUGGCAAACAAGGGCAGUGCACAACCCCAAGUCCAACACUAUGUCACCAACUGCCAACCUGGCCACCUCAGGAUACCCCAACCACCAGGGUUCAUGGAACACCACCUCCUACUACCUGAACCCGGGAGUCCAGUACUCCAGCCCACAUCCUGCAGCUUAUGGUAGCUACUCUCACUCACAAUCGAGUUUCCCCACUCGCAACAUGCCUGCAGCCAGCCCAAACACCACUUCCAGUCAGUCGAGCAAUCAGAGUCUAUCCGGGGAAUCAUUAAGUAAAACAAAUCUAUAUAUCCGAGGCCUUAACCCAAACACCACAGACAAAGAUCUUGUUACUUUAUGUCAGCAGUUUGGUAAAAUUACAUCCACAAAAGCAAUAAUAGACCAAACGACAAAUAAAUGCAAAGGAUAUGGUUUUGUGGAUUUUGAAUCUCCCCAAGCUGCCGAUCUCGCCGUCCAUACACUACAGUCACAGGGAAUUCAAGCACAGAUGGCUAAGCAACAAGAACAAGAUCCAACAAACCUCUAUGUAGCAAACCUUCCAAUAUACUUUACAGAGAAAAAUUUAGAAAAUAUGUUUAAAGACUAUGGCACUGUGAUUUCCACGCGGAUUCUGCGGAAGCCCGAUGGAGUCAGUCGAGGAGUGGGAUUUGCACGCAUGGAGUCGAGGGAGAAGUGUAAUCAAAUUAUAGAUGCGUUUAAUUCAAAAGUUUUACCAGGUUGUGCAGAACCGUUGCUCGUUAAACUGGCAGACAGUGGAAACAAGAAGAAAACUCAAUUCCAACAGGCAAGGUUAUUUGGAGAAAGGGGUGAUUUGCAGUUGAGCUAUGACCCACAGACACUUCAAACCAAUUUAACUGGUUCCUACAUGCCUUACAGCUUGGCGACCCCUGCACUGCUGCCGACGGGCCUGAUGCCGCGGUACUCGUCAGUGGCAACCACCCCCGUGACCACGUACCAAAUGUCGACGAACCCGGCUGGCUGGAUGCAUCCGCAGUACAUUAUGCAACCACAGCUGCCUCAUGUGAGUCUGGAUCAGUCGUGUUUUAUAACCGGAGUGUAAUCGAGGCUGUCUGCUCAUGUCUUGUACGUGGGUUUUUUUUCUGUUAACUGCACCUCUGAGCGUGUGACACCAACUUACUCUAGAAACGUUUCAUUUAGUGUUUGACCGUGUGUUUUUUGGAUGUGAACAAAAAAAAGAAAAAAAGAGGAGAAAGCUUCCACUUUUGGGGAGUUUUUGUUUUUUUUGACACAUCAUUGUGUGUGAAAGUAUUCAGUCUUAAGAAUUGAAUAUGUCUUGUUUUUCUUAUGGUUUUAUUAAUUUUUUUGUGUGUGAUUUUUUUGUUUUUUUAAUGGAAUGUCUUUUUGUGGCACCUGGUUUGAUAUCUUCUAACAAAGAUAGUGGGAACCACUAAUGUUACUGUUGAUGCAUUGUUUGAUUAACAUUGUUCAGUACCUUCUGACUUUUUAUUAUUGUGCAUGACAAUCUUACUACUCUACACACAUCUCUCAGAGAUUAAUGAAAAACGUAUCCAAUGGGUCUAAACACAUGCUUGUUACAUCAUUCACAAAAAUUGAAACCUCAAAUACUAAACUUGAUGCAUUAAUAUAUACUGUUAAUGACCCAAAAGGAAUUGAAAAACAUUCAAGAUUUAAAAUAUCACCCAACUGCAGCUUGUUUUUAUAUUACAAAAAAGAUGUUUAACUUUCAAAAUAUUUGCCUUUUAGCUUUUUAAUAUCAUAAAUGAAUCAAUAGUUUUCUGAUUGGUCUAUACCUCACUGUUUAAGUAGGAACAAUAUGAUUGGCCUGUUUAAAUGUUGGUUGAUCUGAUUGGUUUAGUUGUACACUAGAGUAGGAAAACAAAUCUCAUUAAUAUGGGCCAUUGUAAUGAAGUGCAUGAGAAACUCGGUGUUGCAUAUACUUUCAUCAUUGCAUGAAUGGGUUUUUUCCAAAUACUGAUUAAAAAAAUAAUCACUUAACCAACAAAUAAUGAUGUUAGAUUUUUCCAAAAUGCACUAAGAAAUUUAAUUAUGAUCUAACAUUAAACAUGUUAAAAAUUCUAAUUAUGGAACAUCUCAUGCUUAUAGUUACUUAACUAAUUUGGAUUACCAAUAACAAAAUUGUGCAAAUAUCCUUAAGCCAUAACAAAACAUUUUUUUAACCAUGUAUAAACAAAGAGUGGUCUGAAUAUACACUGCAUGAGACCACCAGUGCUGCUAGCAGCUGGUUUUUGUGGCUAAUAUUGCAUGAAUAUUAGAUGAGCAUAAUUAGAUAACCAAACAUUGAUUACCGAGUAGGUAAAUUCAGAUUAAUGAGGAAACUGCAUUUAAACGAGGCAGCCAUGUUGAAACUAUUCCUUUGCUUUUCUCUUAGGCUUUUAGUGAGUGGAUAUAAGCUGUUUAUAGCACGCUCUACAGCACAUCUGAUUCAGACUUUAUUACCCAUCCGAUGAGGAUUCCAUCUACGUACGGUGCACACCGGAACGACCUCAAAAUUUCACCCCAAUUCUGUGAUGCCACAACUUGCCUCCCCUGAAGGGACAACUGCAACUGUCCAACACAUCGUUAGGCCAUCAAUCUCCCACAGAGCAAUGUGCAGCAUUCUCGCCAACAUAUCGUGGCAAAUCGUUAAACCACAAACAUUUGGUUUCAAAAAUCAUGUUGACAAUAGUACGUUGUAUGUUUAUAUAUUAAUUAAAAGACUUUUAGGAAAAUACCCCUUUUCUGUCUUGAAACUGUUUUUAAAAUUUGUUUCAAGUAAACAAUUAUGGAUAUUUUACCUAAAAGGGUUGUUUAUUUGUUUUGUUAAGUAAUUUUAACUGUGAAAAAUAGAUUUAAGUUAUGAAUAUUUGUACAUUAAUUAAUAUAUUUAAACUUCUGUUUAUACAUUUUCUCCUUUUAAGUUAUAAUCAUUUCAGAACAUUUAAUAUUUUGUUAUUUAGCAAAACUAAAUUGUAAAGUAUUUUUUAGUAUCAAAUUAUAACCAAAAUAUUUUUAUCAUGUGCCUUAAGAAAGAUGUCAUGGCAACUAAGGAACUUACAUUUAUUUAUUUUUAUAUGUGGCUAGCUUCAAAAGCAAAUGGGUAUUCCAUUCAUUUUGACAGUAUGUGCCAUCAACUAUUGGUUGACCUUCAAGCUCUAAGUUUUCUUACUUCAUUGGGGAAAUUUUUUAAAUAGUAUGAGGUCAUAUGGAAUGAUAAGUGUCUUAAAAUACCAAUUUCAUAAUUUUGCUUAGAAAUUUAUUAUAACAGUCUCUAAAAUAUUUAAUAAUCUAGAAUUCUUCAAGAUUUUUUGAAAUGUAAUGCAUCACCAAAUUCACAAGUAUGAAAGUAUAUCUGUGGUAGGAUUCUGCAUGCACUUAAAUUAUUCACAUUUAAACAAAUAAUUCAAAAUAUAAAUUCAAUCUUUUGGUUAACUUGGUAACAUGUUAACAAACUCCACCUUGUUUUCAUCUUAGGAUAGCUGGGUAGGUUGGGUUUUUACCAAAGUGCUAGUGUGGUAGAAUGUUCAUAAUAACUGGGUGUCACAGAAUGUUUUUAAUUUUUUUUAUGUAAAUAGAUUUUUUUAACUGCUUGCUUUUUAUUGACUAUUUGUAGUUUUCAAUUUUUAUAUGUUUUAUUUCUUGGCCUUAGUGAUUGUCAUAGAAACUUGCAUAGCUUUAUUGUCAUUCACUUUGGCACUCGGUUAUGAUGUAAUUAAAUGUGUUUUGAUCAAGCCAUUUGGAGUCUGAUAUUGUAGCAUAGACGUUUUAUGGAGAAAGUGUCUUUACAGUUGUAAAUAAUGCUUUUUUUGCCUCUUGGAAUUUUUUGCAUAUUGUAUAUUUUUAUGUGCUGUCAAAUUUUAUGUGUAGUCUUAGUCUCUUUUUGGAUUAUCUGUUUUUGAUUAUUAAAUAUCUAUGGUUUGUUAAGAAUGUGAAUAAUAGCCUUUUGGAAAGAUACCUCUAUUUGUUUCUGUUUCUCCUACUGGGAUUGUACAGUACUGGCAGCACACAGGUUUCAAAGACUUUUACCAUUUAUGCCAAAGUAAUUAUACAUGGUGUAGUUCAAGAUUCCUUAUUUAUUAUUACGAUUAGGCUUUUGUGUGGUGAUGCCCUAUUGUAAUCAUUAGAGCUGUUAAUUUUAUAUAAGUCCAAAAAUGUAUUUAUUUUGAACAUGAUUUUAAUUCAAUAAUUGAUACCCUCUUGUGGUAUAUAAAAGCAUAUUAGUACCAUGUGUGGUACUGGUAUAUGCAAUACCUUGUAUGGUACAUGCAUCUGAAAGGUUAGUUAUAACUGAUGUCAUGUGGUGAUAUUGAACAAUCUAGUUAUUGAUAAUUAAUACCACUGGUAACCACCCUACCAUAUGGUGAUAUCAGAGUCGAGUUAAUAAUACCUGAAAUAAGUCGGUGGUAUCUACAAUUCUGUAUCUAGACCAUUUAUAUGACAGUAAUACAUGUAUAUCCUUUUAUUUUCUACAGGCAUCUUUCACAUGCAUCCAAAAAUUAUUUCAUAUGUAUGGCAUUAUGUAAAAUGGUAAAAGUCUUUAUUGAAUUGGGAAUGUCAAAUGUUGUUUGAAAGGCUAUUUUUGUUUUGUUUUAUGUCAUAUCAGGUAUCAUUUUGUUUUAAUAUAAACAUAAAAAAGUUGUUUAAACUUUGAAAUUUCAUAUCAACCAAAGACCGAACUAUAGUUCACAAAGGUCCCAUUAUUUGGCCUUGUUUUAGUUAAUGUUUACAAGGUUCUGUAAAUAUAUUGAACUACAUUUAACCACAUCAAAAUCAUAUACGCUUUUAUUUAUAUAAUCAACACAGUUUAGAAGGUUCAUCCAUCUAAAAAGGACAUAAAAUUGAGGAAAAAAGAUUAGGUUUUUUUAAAGUAUUCUCUUAAAAAAUGUAUUCUUUCUAUUCUUUUUGGCAAUUCUUUUCUUAAUCAUUGUCCGACUAUAAAGAAUGUGAUAAGAGUAAAGUGUUGAUUGGUUUUUGUUACUAUUACUAAGAGCAACUUCUUCACAUUACUUUCCCAAGUAUGGAUACUGCAGUUUUCAAUAAAGAAAUCUUGCAGAUUGAAAAUAUUCAAAAUGACUCAGCGUAAGCAUAUAAACAUAUACUGAUAAAAAGAAAUAAGGGACCACAUUUCAGUAACUAUUAGUAUCAUAUUGACUGUACAAAGUACAAAAGCGUAAUGUGGGAUUGAAUGUCAGUAAUGUGAGAGUAAAUAUCAGUAACACAGUUAACUCCCUGACACUGGAUGAGAAUUUUUACAGCGGUACUUUUUCUUAUUUUUGAUCUCUUAUUUCUUUCCAUCAGUAUCUAUUUAAUAAACUAGCUUCACAGACACUUUGGAAUGACCAGAAAGACUGAGCUGUUUAGAUUUAAGACGUGUAUAAAAAAAAAUAAUAAUAAAAAAAAAAAUCCGUAACAGAUUGAGAACCUUUAUCCUUCAGUAAUAUGUAUGUAUGCUAAAGGUUUUUACCAAUUCUCUAAUAUCUUGACGAAAUGAAAUGGAAAUGUGUGAAUACUUUGGUUUGUUUGCUAUCGUUUUCUGAACUAACUGUUUGUUGUAGUAUCUUAUUAUCUGAAGUCAAACACCCAUCUUUAUAGUAUGCAUCAAUAUUAUUUUGUGGCCAAAAUUAACCUUCGAUAACUGACAGGCCUAAAAUGCAAAGUUUAAUUAUGCAAAAACAUUUAUGUUGUUGUGUUAUUAGUGGCUUACAUGUCUUCCAGUAAAAACAACACUAUUGUUAUCUGUUGAACCAUUUUUAGGUCAGUAUUUAUUUACUAAUUCUUUUAAUACAUAAUUAUUAUUUUGUAGAUAAAACUCAACCGUGUAAAUACAUGUUAUGUGAAAAUAUAUAAUCUGACAGUUAUUUUCAAGAUCAAAUUAUGAACUUUUAAGAAACAGUGAAAUGAAAACUUACAUAAUUAUAUAUAAUGUCACAAAGGUGAAAGUACUUUCAAUUUUUUUUUUUUUUUAAAUUUUCAUUAAAGUAGUUUUUACCAAAAUAUAUAUAUAUAAUUCAUCACGUUUAUGUAUAACAUCUACACUGUAUCAUUUUUGUACAUUUGAAGCCCCCAACCGUGUGAUGCCAAGUUAGUAGUUAAAAUAAUGUAUCAUAGGAAUUAUUACCUAUUUUCAUAAGCUUUUGUAUAAGUGAGAAAAUAUAACUGUUUUAUUGUUGUUUUGGCACAUAGCAUUCUGUUCAUGAAAACUUGUAUUUACUGUGUUUAUCAAACCAACUGGUGCUGUUUUAAAUAGUUAUUUUUAAUUACUGUUAAGCCUUGAACAAAUUUUCUAUUUAAUCUUAUUAUCUAUUAAUAUUUAAACUGGAAAAAGAUCAAUUUCAUAUGCAUAUAGUUUGACUCUGAUGUACAUCAGUGCUGUGAAGAUUUAUGUAAGGGAGACAACUAUUGAGAAGCUUAGAAUGUUUGGUCAGUGACCUGCAGUGUAUAAUUUUGUUUUAAACUAACAAAUUAUAUACCAUACCUUUUGAAUUACAGAAACUAUGUUUACAUAUAUUUGUUUAUUAUUGCUUGUUUAAUACCAGAUCUAACUGAAGUAAUCCCCAAAUAUAAUAAUCUUAGUCGACAAGGGAGAUUACUCUAAUACACUACCUCUUCUUUGUUCCUGGCCUUUUUAACAUGCAUAGUUUUUCAUAUACAAUACAUGUAUAUAUUUUCUUGAUUUCCAAUUACAUAUUUUUUGGAUUAUUUCAUAUAUUGUUUUGUUUUGAAAUUUUGCCAUAGAUUUGAAAAACAACAUUAUAAUAGAUAAUUUAUGCAACUGUUUCUAUUGUGGAAUAUACCUUGCAUUCACCGUGUAUCAAUAUAUUAAACAUUUAAACUGCGAUGCAAUCUUUACUGGAAUUAUUACAUGUACAUUCAUAUAUACUGCAAACACCAAGCAAUAAAUCAAAACCAACUAAUAGGGCUAUGAAAACAUAGUAAUAUUAUAUUUGCCUUUUACUAUAAAAACAUAGUAAUACUAUGUCUUGAGGUCCAGUUGACAGUAUUGGUAACACAAAAUUCAUUAACGAGUUUAAAUAAGAAACCAGCAUUAUUAGAUAGGCACUGUAUUCACUUUUAUGAUAUAUCGUAUUUGGAACACUAUUCAUUAAUCUAACUGUAACCCUGUAGGUAUCUGGUGUACAUCAGAAGUUACAUAUUUUAUUUUACAUGUAUCAAAAAGUAGUGUUUUUAUGGCAGAUUGUCUAGUCAUUUGAUAAAAAAAGAGUUUAUUUUUUUUUAUUUUGGAUACCUAUUUCUACAAACAUUCUAUAUUGUGAGUUGUCCCCCCACCCAACCCCUUCUUUUUCCAGAGCAGUGUUUUACUGCAAAAUAUAUGAACAGCCAGUACACCUGAUAUUUGUGAUGUAUAGUACACCCUGCCUACACUGAAAUCUUGUCUAAUCCAGAAACCUUUAUAAACCAGGUUGAUUUUAGUAUAGAAAUAUUCUUUACAACACUUGAAACAAAUCCUGUAUUAUGUGGUACCUUGUUUAAAUGGACAUGUUAUAUCAGCCUUAUUUAGGUUCAGUUUAGACCUCUGUCUACUGUGUGUAUAUGUUAUGAAGGUUAUGGUGGAUUAUAGGCCAUGCAAACCUACGGGUAUUUUUUGUCAUCUAGCUGUUAGAUAAACAAUAAUUACUCAGAAACAGCUAAUAAGAAAAAUCUGUACAACAUAUUUGCCUAUUAUAAAUAUAUAUUGAAAAAUGUAUAUCCACAGUCUCAUUAAUGGCAUUCCUGUAAUGAAAUGUCAAAAAUAAAAUAAAGUUCAUUCUGAAUCUUUUACCUGUUUACAGUUAUCUUAUCUGUAUGAUAUUAGGCUGCCAUUUUGUAAGGGGUGUAACUGUAACUUUACUGUAUCAAACACUCAUAAUAAGAAACAAGCACAGCUUUUGGUACAUUUUUUAGCAUAUUACGUCAGUGUCAAACCAGGCAGUCAACAAAUAUAUGUAAACUUAAAUAGUUGGUGUUACCACUGCUAUGACACGAUGUCUAAAAGUGAUUGUUAAACCAUGCAUAAUGCUUUCAUUCAACCUUUAAAACAAACAUAUAUUGAUCAUAAUAUUCACCACACCAAUUCUUAAUUUCUUACAUUUUGUUUUUCAAUCGUACGACCCUAACAUAAUAGUAAAAUUAUUUGUUAUUUAUGAGUUAUUUCAGAUUCAAAUGAUGUGUUAUAUUACUGGUACAUCACAAAAUGUUAAUAAAUGAUGUGUUAUAUUACUGGUACAUCACAAAAUGUUAAUAAAUGAUGUGUUGUAUUACUGGGACAUCACAAGAUGUUAAUAAACGGAACCCUAGAACGAUCUAGUGAUUUGUAGAUCUUUAAGACCCGAUAUCUAAACAUAAUGUUAAAAAACUAAAACUUAAAAUCUGAUCAUUUGAGCAUUGUAAAAACAGCUGUCAAACCAAUUCAUAUGAAGGAAAAUUACAUAUUAUAGCAUACAUUUAUAUUGUGUUUGUGAACACAUUUUUGAUAAUAGUGUAAUUACAAAAUAUAUAUUUAUAUUUUACACAUACCAUGGAUUCAUGUGAAAAAAACUACAUAUUACUGGUUUAACAUUUAUAUCUUGUGUUUGUGUACACAUUUUUUUGAUAAUAAUAUAAUUACAAAAGUAUAUCUUCUACACAUACCAUGGCCGUCUGUGAUAUGGAUUUUUUUUCCUAUGAAUAUAAUUUUGUUACUACUGGAGUUAGUUUCUGUCAGUUUGGGGUUUUUUUUCUCUAAAAUAUAUUCUGAUGCUUGCCAGUGGUCAACAUAGUAAUUAACUAGCAAAUUGCAAAACAAGGCCUGAGUUCAACCAGCAAAUGUUUCGCUAAUGAUCGCCAACUAUUUGAUUGGUUCCUGAUGUGACCAUUUGGUUUAACGUGUAGCGUAUAGACCAGUCUAGCGGACGUUAACGACAACCGGUUGACUGAACAUACCCCAGGUUAACAAGUACAUCUUACAUAAAAAUUAACAUGUUUAAUAUUUAGAUAAAAAAGGGGGUAAAAAUAAUUACAAUGUAUAAGAUAUUUCACACUUGUGGCAUUAUGGUAAGCAUCAGAGUUAUUAGUUUUUUUGUGGGAAACAAUAGGGUUGUUUUGGGGUUUUUUAAUUUGUAAAUGAUUAUAGAAUGCACAUGUAUUUUUAUGUGCAAGGCAAAAUGGAUAUUAAAGAAUAAGAUAAACUUUAAAGAGUUUAUACUAGUUGUACAUGAAGCUCUGGUACAUAUUAACAAAGUUGGGUGAUAUAUAAUGGGUGGAGUGUGUACACUGUUACACAAGGUUAUCACUUUUUGAACUGUGUAACACAUUUGUUAUUGCAUAAGUUAUGUGAAAUAUGUAUGGUUGAUAAUGAUGUUACGAUAUCAGUUUUAAAUUACUUUUCACAAUUUGAACAUAAUAUUUGUUUUUUCUUUCUUUUUGAGGAUGUAUUUUUUCAACUUUAUUGUCAUUUGUGACAUUCAUACAAAUUGACAUCAACUGUGGUUGGAUUCUAUCUUGUUGUUCUUGUACAAAGUAACAGAUAUUUUUUGUGACUUUUCACUUUAUAAUAUUUUAAUGAGAUUCUAAUUGUUUGUGUAUUUUAUUGAUUUAAUUGUAUUUGUACAUAGAUUAUUACUUCUUUUUUUUACAAAUUGUCGUUGCUUUGCUUAAAAAUGAUUUUUAGUCUUGUGAUGUAUUUUAAUUCAUUGCCUGUUGUCAAGGACUCCGAUUCCCAUACAUUCAAAUUUGCCGCUUAAAAAUUUAUAUAGUUAAACCCCUCUAAAUGAGACAUCCGCAAGACCUAGUAAAAGGUCUGCUUUUAAGGGGUAUCCAGUUUACAGAAGUUAUCAUCUGUACUGAUACUUAAAAAGGAACCGUGAAAAAAGUCCUGUUUUCAGAGAAUUCUGGUUUACAGAGUGUUUGAUUUUGAGAGGUUUUACUGUAUACUGAUCUGUGUUUUAUUUUAACUUACAUUUUUAAACUUUCGCUUGAAUAAAUAAAUUAAUAAAUUGCAAAAUUUCAGACUGAGUGUAAACUUUACGUAUUGAAGUAAUUUUAAUCAAAAGCUAACUUCCAUAUACAAGAUUUUAUUAAUUGUUUUUAAAGUUGUGAUUACCAGUAUUUUCAUUUUAAAAUUUUUAACUCUAAAAAUUCAUUCUGUAGUACAUGUAUCUCGAAGAUAUGGUACUUAGAAUAUGUGAUAAAUUUCACAAUUUUACUGAAAGGUUUAAAAGAUUUAAAAUAUUGUUUUGUAAAUAAUUAUUGCAUUAUUUUUAAAUAAACAAGACACAAUACCCAUGUUAAAUUACUUCUGUUAACAGCAUUACUACAUCUGGCAAUUUGAGCUUAUUGUAUUUAUCAUGUCAGACACUGUACCAUAUUUCAAUAUAAAACUCAAGAAUUAAAGAGUGAAAGUCUUAAGUAACAUCAGAAAAGGUUAGUGCAUAUUAUUUCAUUUAAAAAAAUGGCUAUUCGUCUAAUUUCAUUAUAUGAAAAAAACUAAAUGUGAAAAAAAGUUCUUUUUAAAUGUAUACCUGACAAAUGUUUGUGAUCAUUACUAUAACAAAAAUUAUUAAUAUAAACAUAUAUGUUUAUAUAUAUAUUUUUAAAAGAUUAAUUGGUUCAAAGUGUCUGAUGGCAUAAGUAUAGUAUAAGUUUCAGAGUCCUAGUCUAACAUCACAUUCCCAAAGGAUAUUUUAACUACUUAUGAAUUCACAUUAGCAAUGUUUGUACUAGACCUAGUUUUAAGUAGAGUCGUAGUGGUAACAAAAUUGCUUCAUUUGGUGGUGGCCAUAUUUAACCAAGAACUGCUAGUUUAGAAAUAGACAUGGAAGGGUAUUAACGCUUUACUACCUUACAAAUAAAGCAAAAUGCAAAACAAAUAAAGCAAUGAACUUGUUUUAAUAUAUUAUAUUUUUGGUAUUGGGAACAAAUUAACUUUUUUUUUAAUUUUCAUGAUUACUAAUUAUCUAUUUUCCAUGACUGUUAAGUUUGAUUUUAUUACUGUACUUUUUUUAAAGCUGUGAAUCAGGAUUACUUUUUUUUAUGGACAAAGAUGUACAAUAUAUAAUCUUAGACUGAUUAUUGUGUUUCCUCUGACAUGCACAAGAUGUUUGGUAGCUGUGGAUCGAGACACAAGAUUUGUGAAAUAACUGCAUGCUCUUUUAUUUGCAUCUUCUUCUGUUCUGUGAAGUGCAUGUAUUUGGCUGAAUAAAUGAUUUAGAAUUAAA